AUGCAUGCAUGCAUUAGCGUAUCGUCCCACCUCAUGCGUCGCUUGACCACAUCUCCCCCCUCUAAACAGGACAUCUCUGCCGCGGGGGUGUCGAGUUUUCACCCCGAACAGCUUCCCUGUCAACUGGAUGGCACCUUUCACCACGGCGCUGCCUGGAUGGUCCGUUUCCUUCGAGUAGGAAAGGUCUGCAACGACUUCAUCGACGAGAAGGUUGCCGUGGAGGUUACGGCGCUGAACCUCAUCCACAAUAGCACUACGAUCCCGGUGCCGAAAGUUCACGCGUGGGGGCCCGCUACCAGCAACCCGCUCGGUCUCGGCCCGUUCACCAUCAUGGACUUCAUUCACGGCGUGGGCCUCAGCCACCUUCUCCAAGCCCCUAACGCCUUGUGCCCCACCAGAGUGAUGCGGGAGGACAUUAGCGAUCGUGAUCUCGAGAUCAUCUAUAGGCAACUGGCGAAUUUCAUGCUCCAGCUUGUCGAGCUCGAUUUUGACCAGAUUGGCAGUCUGCCGUCGCCGCAGGCUGACACCCAAAGUCCUACACUGCUACGACCGCUAACCUUCAAGGCACAUAGCAUUCUGCAAAAUGGCGGGGUGAACACGUUCGACUGGGAACAGCUCAUCCACAAGCCAAACUCAACUGUUGGCUUCUACGAUGCGAAAAACAAAUACCUGGCGUUCAAGGUUCUACGAGCACUGAUACCUGACUUGGUCAACACCAAGUAUGACCGCUGCAAAUUUAAGCUAGUCUGCGACGAUCUUGGUCUGGCGAACCUGAUCGUCCGUGGCAGAGAAGAUCUUACUAUUGUCGGUGUAAUAGACCUCGAGUGGUCGUACAUUGGACCCGCGCAGCUGUUCGGCUCGGUGCCGUGGCGGCUUCUCCAAGACAGGCCCGAGCCGCCCAAGAUCGCCGCCUGCUGCUUCAGAUGCCUAGACAUCUUCAUAGACAUGUUGGAGGAGGAGGAAGCGAAAAUGCCAGGGCAUGAUGAGCGAGAGCUUUCCAAUCUGGUAAAGUGGUCGCGAGGCUCUAGGGCCAUAUGGCUGCACAUGCUUCUAUCUUUUGGCUUCAAUGACCAUCGCUCAUUUCCUCUCACCCAACUGCGCCGCCACCUAGGACUCACUGAAUGGGCGAGGCGCGAGAGAAAAUCCGACAACGCGGAAGAGCUCGAGGCCUUCGCGACCCGGAAGGUGCGGGAUCUAGACUAG